AUGGACCCAAAAAUAUUCCAAUCAAAGGCAAGAAGAUUACGGAUUCUGGAUGAUCUUUCUGACAGUCUUUGUCGUGUCGCUGAUUUAGCUGAUUGCGUUCGAGCCCUGCAUCCAGAUCAGGCUUAUCAAAGUGCCGCUAAUGAUGUUUGCAUCCACGUUGGAAAUCUAGUCGAAAAUCUAAACACUGAUGUUGAGCUUUACAAUGCGUCUCUUAAAGCUAUCACAGAUCGGACUUCGUCAACGCAUAAUCCUGAAAUAGAUUGUGACUCAGUCGAUCAGCGUGUUCUCUCUCUCUUCGUUGAAGAUUUUGAGCAAUCCGGUGUUCAUCUAAAGGAAAUAUCUGAUCGGCAAGCGUUUCUCAAAGCUGCAUCUGAAAACCUAGAACUCGGAGUUGAAUUCAAUCGAAUUGCCAAUUCUCCUGUCAUUCUCGAUUCCUCGUCUUUGAAUGCAAUUUCUAAGGAUGUUGAUUGGAGACCGUUUAAUGGUCGGAAACUAUGCGCUCCUUUUUACGAGGCACCGCAACAAUUCCUUAGAGCUCUAACUUAUGCUCUUUUCUACAAUCCCAUUGAAGGCCAAGAAGAAAGGCUGUUUGCUCUCCUUGAUUCCAGAGACAGAAUGGCUAAGUAUGUGAUUGGAAAUUCGGAUAAACCACUUUUUAGAUCCGCCGGAAAGAAGUCAUUCCUCUAUCGGGCUAUUCAACCAUCAAGUCUUGCUGAAUCUCCAGAGGGUGUUGAAGUAUUUUUGACAACUUUAUCAACAUUGUUGUCACCAAGUGCUGAGGAGACUACUCGUUCUCAGUUAUUGUCUUGGUUGGAUUCUAAACUAGAUUAUCUUUCAAUAGGCUUUCAAGGUGUUACACUCUAG